GAAACUUUAAAGUUGAAUCAAUGAACUAAAAACUGGUUCGCAGCCAUAGCAGAAGAAAAUAAGCAAAGACAAGAGCUGCAAUGGUGAAGGCGUACCUGAGGUAUGAGCCAGCGGCGUCGUUUGGUGUAAUAGCAUCAGUAGAAUCAAACAUAGAGUAUGAUAAUUCCGGCAAGCAUCUUCUAUCUCCGGCGCUCGAAAAGAUUGGAGUUUGGCACGUACGUCAAGGCAUCUGCACCAAAACGCUAAUUCCUUCUACCUCCUCUCGCGGGGGUACCUCCCUCGCAGUCACCUGUAUUGCAUCUUCUAAUUCCUCUCUGGUAGCUAGUGGGUAUGCUGAUGGUAGUAUAAGAAUUUGGGAUGGUGAAAAAGGAACAUGUGAGACCACAUUGAAUGGACACAAAGGGGCUGUCACUGUUCUACGGUAUAAUAAGUCUGGGGCUAUACUCGCAUCUGGAAGUAAAGAUAAUGAUAUUAUACUGUGGGAUGUGGUUGGAGAGACUGGCCUUUUUCGCCUUCGUGGCCAUCGUGACCAGAUCACUGACCUUGUAUUCCUAGAAUCUGGUAAAAAACUUGUUAGUUCCUCCAAAGACAAGUUUUUGAGAGUUUGGGAUCUUGAAACACAGCACUGUAUGCAAAUAAUUAGCGGCCAUCACAGUGAAAUUUGGUCAAUUGAUGUUGAUCCAGAAGAAAGAUUUUUGGUUUCUGGUUCUGCAGACCCAGAACUUCGAUUUUAUAUGCUUAAGCAUGAUUUGGGAGAUGGGCAAGCCUUAUCCAUUGAAAAUGGAACUGCGAUUAUAAAAAAUGGAGAUCCUUCUUCUCAAAAUAAGUGGGAAGUUUUGAAGCUUUUUGGUGAAAUUCAGAGGCAAAGUAAGGAUAGAGUUGCAACUGUGAGAUUCAAUAAGUCAGGAAAUUUGCUGGUUUGUCAGGUGGCUGGAAAGACAGUGGAUGUAUUCCAUGUGCUGGAUGAGAAUGAAGCAAAACGCAAAGCAAAGCGUAGGCUUAAUAGAAAGAAAGAGAAAAAAUCAAAAAAAGGGACGGUUGAGUUAACUGAAAAUAAAGAUGUAACUCUUCAAACUGAAGAAGAUGGAGGUGCCCUCACGGUUACAGUACCUGAUGUUUUCAAGCUUCUUCAAACUGUUCGUGCAACCAAAAAGAUUUGUUCCAUCUCCUUUAGUCCAAUUAUUCCGAAAAACUCCUUGGCUACUUUAGCAUUGUCUUUGAAUAAUAAUUUAUUGGAAUUUUAUUCUAUUGAAAGCAAUACAGCUACAAAAUCUCUAUCUAUUGAGCUCCAGGGGCACCGUUCUGAUGUCAGAAGUGUUACACUUAGUUCAGACAAUAGUAUUCUGAUGUCAACAAGUCACAAUGCAAUAAAGUUUUGGAAUCCAAGUACUGGUUCUUGUCUUCGAACUAUUGAUUCUGGUUAUGGACUGUGUGGCUUAAUUGUUCCACAUAAUAAGUAUGCACUUGUUGGAACCAAAGAUGGGAAAAUAGAAAUUGUUGAAAUUGGGAGUGGUACUUGCAUAGAGGUACUGGAAGCUCACGGUGGUUCAGUACGCUCUAUUGCUUCCAUUCCAAAUGAAAAUGGUUUUGUCACAGGCAGUGCAGAUCAUGAUGUUAAGUUCUGGGAGUACCAAGUCAAGCAGAAAAUUGGUCAGGAUACUAAGCACCUUGUGGUGUCAAAUGUGAAAACUAUGAAGAUGAAUGAUGACGUCCUAGUGGUUGCAGUUAGCCCUGAUGCAAAAUAUAUUGCCAUUGCACUAUUGGAUUGCACAGUGAAGGUUUUCUUCAUGGAUACACUUAAAUUUUUCCUUGCGCUAUAUGGUCAUAAACUGCCAGUUCUGUGCAUGGAUAUUUCAUCAGAUGGAGAUUUGAUUGUUACUGGUUCCGCAGACAAAAAUUUGAAGAUUUGGGGUAUGGAUUUUGGUGACUGCCAUAAAUCCCUUUUUGCCCAUUCUGAUAGUGUUAUGGCAGUGCAAUUUGUGCGCAGUACCCAUUAUGUGUUCAGUGUUGGGAAAGAUCGCCUUGUAAAAUACUGGGAUGCUGAUAAGUUUGAGCUGCUUUUAACUCUUGAGGGACAUCAUGCAGAUAUUUGGUGUCUUGCAAUCAGCAAUCGUGGUGAUUUUGUUGUCACUGGUUCUCAUGACCGGUCCAUACGUCGCUGGGAUCGGACUGAAGAGCCAUUUUUCAUUGAGGAGGAGAAGGAAAAAAGAUUGGAAGAAAUGUUUGAGGCUGACCUUGAAAAUGCAUUUGAAAACAGAUAUGCGUUGAAGGAAGAACUACCAGAGGAGGGAGCUGUGGCCUUGGCAGGAAAGAAAACUCAAGAAACCCUUACAGCAACUGACAUAAUUAUUGAUGCAUUAGAUGCAGCAGAGGUGGAAUUGAAUCGUAUUGCUGAGCAUGAGGAGGAGGAACCUAGGGGAAGAGUUGCUGAAUUCCAACCAAAUCCUAUUUUGCAUGGGCUUGCUCCAUCUGAUUAUGUUCUUCGUGCACUUUCAAAUGUUCACACCAAUGAUCUGGAGCAGACAUUACUGGCUUUACCAUUCUCAGAUGCUUUGAAGCUUCUCUCCUACUUGAAGGAUUGGGCCUCAAAUCCUGAUAAGGUCGAGCUUGUUUGUAGGGUUGCUACUGUGCUAUUGCAGAUACAUCAUAAUCAGCUGAUUACUACCCCAGCUGCAAGACCCAUCUUGACUGUUCUUAAGGAUAUUCUUUAUGCAAGAGUCAAGGAGUGCAAGGAUAUUCUUGGUUUCAAUCUUGCAGCAAUGGAUCAUCUCAAGCAAUUGAUGGCUUCAAGAUCAGAUGCACUCUUUCGUGAUGCAAAAACAAAGUUGCUAGAAAUCCGUUCGCAGCAGUCUAAACGUUUGGAAGCAAGGACUGAUACAAGAGACGAGAAACGAAAAAAGAAAAAACAGAAGAAAUAAAUUGAUGCACAUACGUGGUCAUGAGUAAGCAAGACUUCUGGGAAAUGGAAUAGUUGCAUUGACUGAAUAGAUAAUCAGUUAAAUGACCGUGUUAAACACAACACCAAUCUGAAAGCAGAAUACUUUAUAUAUAUUGGUUUUUGAUCAAAGCCAUAACCACAAGUGGAAAAGAAAUUGGCUGCAGGGAAGGUGGGUGGAAUGCAGAUGCCAACCUUUAUGCAUCGAAGCCUGCAAUUUUGGAAGUCAUUAUUUAGUGAGAACCAUCUCAUCCUGCAUGUAAAAUUUGUAGCUUUUUUUAAGAAAAUGAGCCAAAGUAGUUUCAGUUUCCCAUAGCGUGGAUGUUUAUUUGUGAACAUAAUAUUAUUUAUCAAAUAUAUUAAAAUCCACCUCUUGCAAUUUUUCAGAGGGAAGUUAUUCUAA